GCCCCGUUGUGCGAGGUCGCUCCUACGGUCUGUGUUUGGUCUGUGCUUCUUGUGUUUUGCUUUUGGUUGGACGCUAUCUUUCCUAAAUAUUUUUGCGGUGUCUAAUUUGUGAUUUUUAUUAAAAAAACAAUUAAACCAUUUUGUGUAAUUGUGAAUCAUUGGAAUAUGUGACUAGAUGUGAAGUUUGAAUUAAAUCUAGCCUAAAUGGAUGACUUCACCGAAUGUAGUAAAGCAGUAUGGCAGAGGAGAAUCCUUGUAAUCGAACGAGUACACCAAAUUACGAGCCGGUUUCAGUAGUGGAGCGUCUCGGCCACGGAGGCGGCAGUGGAGGCGGCAGCGGGGAGUGGGAGCGCUCGUCGCGGGAGGAAGAUGGAGGCCAUCAUGGAAGAGGUGCGGGACGUCUCCAUGUCCAAAGUGAUAAAGUGGGUGUGCGCCACCAUCAUGAUAUUCGGUGGCAUCGUCCCCUACAUUCCCCAGUAUCAAGAAAUCUACCAGAAAGAAGACGCCGAAGGCUUCUCGCUCUACGUCUGUCUCGCUUUGCUCAUAGCAAACACUCUUAGGAUAUUGUUCUGGUUUGGGAAGCGAUACGAACUACCUCUUUUAUUACAAAGUAUUGUGAUGAAUAUCAUGAUGUUACUCAUGAUCCACCUAUGUGUCAAAGUGCGCAAUAAGAAUCAAUUAAAACCGCCAAUCGUAGAGAGAACCUUUACUGGAAACAACAGCAAAGACGAAUACAGUAACAACACUAACCAUAGCUACUAUUCAGUUCAGUCUUUCUGGGAUUUCGAUCUUAAGUAUUUUUGGCAAUGGACGGACUUUCAAUCCUACGUGGACUUCCUGUUAGUUAUGAACAUAAGUUUCUCGCUAAUCACUUUCAUCUGUAUCCACUCAACGGUUUUCGUAGAGGUCCUUGGCUUUUUAGCAGUAUUCACCGAGGCGUGUCUCGGUGUUCCUCAGCUAGUCAAAAAUCUCCGUCAGCGAUCUACGGAGGGCAUGAGUGUGUACAUGGUGCUCAUGUGGACUGCCGGAGACGCGUUCAAAACGGUCUAUUUCAUUGUCCGGGAAGCACCCCUUCAAUUCUGGCUCUGCGGCGCCCUUCAAGUGAUAAUCGACCUGACGAUUCUAGGCCAAGUCUAUUGGUAUAGGAACAGUAUUCCUAGCUUUCGCUACGGUAGGGCCGACUGAUCACGGGCUAGGUCUGUCCUACAAAAAUGCGAGCUCCGUAAAAUUAUUGUAGCCUUAAGUAGUGGGGUCUAGACAUUCUCCUUGAGUCAAUUAUGUAUUUUCAGUUUCGUCUUCGCACCUCAUAGUUUUGAUUCUUCUGGAAAGAAACUACUACAAUAGUGUAGGUAUUCAUUCUCUGUGAUGAAUGCAGCUAACUAAAAUCCUGUGUUAUCGGUAGUUACAAAUAGAAGUGGAAGUAUCUCAUAGUCCCAGUCGUUUCUGUUCGGAAUAAAGUUUUUCCCGAUACACAUGGACUUGGACUACCCUAUUGAAAAAGUGAACCCAUUUAUGAAUUUCCUCCAACUUUCAUCUUGUAAAACAGAAUUGUAAGUAAUAUGCGUACUUAUUUCUUCAGUUUUUUUGCAUUUGAAGAAAUUCAUGAGGCCACUCUUGUCAUAGAAAAAAAUUUGUUAAAUUCAGUUCAACUCUUCAGUUUGAACUUCAAAAUUGACCACCAUUGAAUUUUGACCCAUAUUUUCCAUUCACUCUUUUCUUCCCAUGAAUUAAAAGUUAAGUUUGGAAAAUAUUCACAAAAGUGGACAUCAUGAAGUAACCUUAGGACUGAUAGAUGUUUAAAGUUAUAACAUCAUCAAAUCCUGUAAUUUACUGACAUCCACUCAUUUAUCCCCAUAAUUAAAAUAUUGUGCUGUGCAAUCCUUUAGCAGUGUUUUCAAACAUUUUGAUGUACGUUGACUCACCAUCUUCUAGAAUGUUAUUCUUUUUUUCCCUAUAAGUAAGAACUUAGGAAGCCAUUUCCACCAGCACACCCCCUGAUUUUGUUUAUUCUUCCAUGUCUAUUUAACCUUACCGGGUCAUCACUUAAUUGAAGGGGAAAUGUAGUCUAAAAUUUUCGUCCUGAGUGCCAAUUGUUUACCUCAUCAUCUAAUUAAUUCAUUAAUUUAAAAUGUCAACCAACCUGUCCAGACAUGCAUUUUUCAAAUUUCACAUUUCCGCUAUAAACGUCCGCCAAGUCACAAAUUUUCAGCUCAUUAAAAUCCAAGAGCUGCCACUUGUUUAAAGAAAAUCUGUGUACAUUCUGUUAUGUUCUUAACAUCGACUACAACAUAUCUAUCAAGAGAUUGUACUUUACUCUCAGACUAUGAGAAAAUGUUUGAAUCUGAGAGCAGUACCUAAUCUUUUUUUUACCGGAAAACUUUGCCUUGCUGGCUAGGUUUUCUUGAUAGAAAGUUACAUAUUUUGCUUCUUUCUCUCACUUUAAUUUUAUUUUUAAAAAUUCCAAAUGACCCAAACCUUUGAUGAACGGUUUUCUAUGUUCAUUAGGGUCUUCCAAUCAACAUGUUCAUCUCUCUCACCGCUAAUUUAUCUAUCAAUAAGAUAGGUAAAUUUCAAACUUUUAACCUCUCUUUAGCUCUCUUUUCAUAUUUUGAAUGACUUACUAAUAUCUUGUCCGUCAAUGUAAAAGUAAAGAUAAUAUUACUGCCCUCGGUACCUCAUUCAAAGUUUAUUACAGCUCUAUUUCAUUUUCAAUUUUUCCUCGUAUACAAAUCACAAAGAAUUCACAGCCAAAGUUCGAAAAGGAUUUCCAUUAAUUUUCCACCCAAAAUCCUAACUCAAGCAAGAUGAUUCUGCCAAUAUACUCUAUGCGGAGUUUUUCGAUGAAAAUAAAAAUUUAAGUUACUCUGUUGAAACUAGUGUUUUGUGAACAAAAAGUUCAACUCCUUUGCAAAUUCGCAUCUGUAGUGUAUAGCCAGAAGAUUUUAACGAUUCUUUCACCAAUAUAUAGGAGAAAAAUCGAUUGGAAAAUUUUUGUCUUGAUAUUAGACCUCUUAAGGACCUCUGCCUUGCAUAUCAAAAAAAGAGAGUGCCUCCACCUCAGAGAAGUCAGUUACGAUCUUUUGGCCCUUCUUUACAGGUUUAUGUGAUGAUCUAAAAAAAUAGGAAAAAACUCAUAAAAAAUGUACCUAUAGACGGAUGAACGUUUGAUUCAAGGGCUCAUUACCACUCUUAAAUUUUAAUGAAGCUAGAGGCUUUAAUUUUUAAUUAUCAAUCGUAACAAAUCAUAAUCGAAAUUCUAAGUGAUAUUACUGUUUUAAUUGUGUAUAUCUUAUCAGUACUAUUGUAAUCUUGAUUUAUGCCAAAAAGUGCAGUCUCCAGUCUCAGUUUUUCUUUAAGUUUAAAUUAAGUUAAUUAUUUCCAAAAUCAAGGAUUUUAAAGGGCAGAUGAGAUGUUUUACUGUACUUGUGAAAAACAAAUCUUACCUUCAAAAUUCUGUCAAUCUUUCAAUAUUUGUGUUUUUAUUUUUUUUUUAACCUUAAUUUUAAUCUGCCAUCAAAAAUCAGAACUGGUACUGGUAUUUUUUUUUAAAAAAAAUGAUAAAAAAGAAACUUUGAUGAAAUUUUCCCAAAGCAAGAUGCAUGAAUUUUUUGCUCUUUUAAUCUAAGUUGUUUUGUGAUCAGCUUCAGUGUGAGAAGGAAAUAUCUUAGCGUGCCAAGACCCUAGGUUUUUAAUUACUGUCUCGCUAUUCUGUUGACCAAAACUGCAUUGAAAAAAUGAACUCUGCAAAUUUUGUUUCUCUCGAAUCUGAAAAUCUCGAAUUCUGUACUAUUUCAAGCUAUUUUUCAACAAUCUCUCUCAUUACCUUGGAUAAAAAUCGACCAUCUGAUCCUCCUCCUCUUGAUUUGACUGAGUUUGGAUUUAUCAAUAAAACAUACUUAUUGGAGCAUAUUUUGUCCCAAGUUUAAUCUGGGGAAAAAAUAUUGAUGAAUAGAGGAGGUAUUAGAAUAACCAAAAAAGUGACUGAAGAUGGUACGUAUCUAGAUGUUGAGAGAGGGUAUGUGUGAACGGUCUUUGGAAAAGCUGCCAGCUUGCAUCAGCACAUUUUAAAGAUUAGGAAUAAUGUAUUUGGUCCAGUUUACGAGCACUUUUUGUCCUUUUCAAAAAAUAUUCAAAAUUAGAUGUGUUAAAACCUAAUCCCUGCCUUUUUAAAAAUAUUUUAUCUUAUCCG